AUGUCGCGCUCCGGCGUCCGCGGCUUCUUUCUGGCCUUCUUCUUGCUAUGCUCGCCCGUGCCCGACCGCGCCGGACCCGUGGCGGGCGCUCCGCCGCCCCAGCGCCCGGCCGCCAGAAUGAGGCGCUCGGUGACGCACGCGCAGCUGAUGCACGACAAAGGCCGCACUCUGCAGGACUUUAAGCGCCGCAUGUGGCUGCAGGAGCUCCUGGACGAGGUCCACACGGCCGAGAUCCGACAGCCGGCCGAGGACGCCCGCCCCAAGGACCCCGCCGGGAGCAAGGACUUCGGGCCGGAGGAGGCGGAGGCCGGCGGCCCGCCGAGGGAAACCAACGAGACGCUCCGGGACGGCAAGCGGCGCAAGAAAGGCGGGGCCGGGAAGCGCAAAGACGGGGACAAGAGAAAGCGGAGGGCCCGCUCGGCGCCGCUCGGCCCCGGAGACUGGAGCGGCUGGCGGCCGGCGCUCUGA